AAUCAUUAGUAAUUUCAUGCGUGCACACAGCGUUGUGAAUUGUUAGAACUUCUUUUCGGCUGGCAGCAUGUCAACCAUGGACGAAAAAUCCAUCACUGCUUUAGUGCACGAUUACCUUUUAAAAAUAGAUAAAAAUUUAUCAACUGUUUUUCAAAAGAAAACAAACGCGCCAAUAUUACCAAAAGGUUCGCCCACAAUUAAAGAUGUUAUAUCACAUUAUCAAAAAACAGCAAAAAAGAAAAUUCCAGAAUUAAAAGCGACCAAGGAUGAACAAUCUAGCAGUGAGGAAACAAGCAGUGAAUCUGAAGAUGAUACACCAGCAAACAAAAAACUGGUAAAUGGAACUAAACAAAUAGCUAAUGGUCUGCCAGCAAAAAAACCGGCUAUUUCACAAAAGAAAGAAGAAAGUUCUUCGGAGGAUUCUAGUAGUGAAGACGAACAACCAGCACAGAAAAAAUCAGUGCAACCAGCUCCUAAAUCACAACCUCCUAAACAAGCGCAAGCGAAAAAACAAGAAUCAAGUAGCGAAGAUUCCAGCAGUAGUGAUGACGAAGAAUCUAAAAAACCACAACAGAUCGUUGCAAAACCUCAACCCGUCAAACCUGCAGUAAGUAAAAAGGCCGAAUCAAGUAGUAGCGACGAUGACAGUUCAGAAGAAGAAACUCCUCCUAAAGUAACUUCCACAGUUAAUAAAGUAGCUCCACAAAUUCAAAAGAAAGUUCAAGCCAAAAAAGAUAGUUCAUCGGAAGAAUCCAGUUCCGAUGAAGAUGAUGAACCUACAAUUAAAAAACCUACAACAAAAGUUGUUCAAAAACCGACUGUAACUACCACAAAGGCUGUUCCCAAAAAACAAAAAUCUAGUAGCGAAGAUUCUGAAUCAGACAGUGACGAAGAACCACCAGCAAAAAAAGCAGCAACUGUUCCAACCAAAGCAUCUGGUGCUAAACCUGCUCCACCAGCUAAAAAAGAUUCAAGUUCAGAUGAUUCUGAUUCUUCAGAUGAAGAAGAUGCCAAACCUGUCAAAAAAACAGCACCCGCACCAGCUAAACAAACACCAGUCAAGAAGGAAGAAUCUUCGUCUGAUGAUUCAUCAAGUGAAGAAGAAUCCCCAGUAAAAUUACCUGCAAAAUUAACAGCUUCAACGCCUGUUGUUAAAAAACCAGCAGCCACACCAUCAAAAAAACAAGAAAGCUCUUCUGAUGACGAUUCUUCAAGUGAUGAAGAUGAAAAACCACAACCUAAAGCAACACCAGCAAAAGCUACUCCAGCUAAGAAGCCAGCUACCAAAGAAGAAAGUUCUUCAGACGAUUCUUCUAGCGAUGAAGAAGAGCAACCUAAAAAAGCGGCUCCUGCACCCGUGAAAGCAUCAGCAGCAAAGAAAAAAGAAUCAUCGAGUAGCGAGGAUAGUUCUGACGAUGAAGAAGAGUCUAAACCUGCUUCUGCCCCACCAACACCUAAAGGUGGACAAAAAAGGAAAUUUGAUGAUGAUUCCAACAACGCCGAACCUCAGUCGAAGAAACCAGCUUAUAGUAAUUUUGUUAAAGCAAAUGAUAGUUUCAAUUUGAAUGAUACAAAUAAGCCAAAAAAUACACCAUUCAGACGUGUUCGAGACGAAGAAAUUGAAAUUGACCCACGUGUUAGAGAUAAUUCAUUUGAAGCAAAGAGAAACGCUAGAGGAUCGUGGGGUGAACGAGCUAACCUUGAUUUAAAACAUACUCGUGGCAAAUCGUUUCGUCAUGAAAAGACAAAAAAGAAACGCGGUUCUUAUCGUGGUGGAACUAUUGACAUGAGCGUUAAUUCAAUUAAAUUUGAAGACUAAAAUAUAAGUUUUAGAUUAGUUCUGUAAUUUAGCACAAAUAAUCUUAUUUUUUUUGAUCUAACGACCAAUUAUUUUUUAAACUAUUGUAGUCUGUAAUUUAUUUUCAAAAACAAAUGUUAAUUUUGUUUUUCUUUUUUUGAGUCCUACUUAUUGAUUAUAUUAAGUCGUCAAAAGGUGGUUAAGUAUGUAAUUCAUUCGGAUUUAAAACUGUUCUCCACCUGUUAUAAGAAUACUUGAUUCAUUAGUAAGACUGAUGGAUUUACAAGUGCUAUAAUUUUCGAUUAAGCGAAAAUUUUUACAAUUCCGAUAAUUACUUACAUUCGAGGUAAAUAAGUCCGGCAGCACUUGUAAGUUCAUCACUUUAAAAUUUUGCGACAACAGAUGUAGAACAGUUUUGAAAAUACAAUAAAUGUAAAUGAAAACGGUAAUGAAAAAGUCCUCUGAAAGAUGAACUUUUAAUACAAUUUUGUAAAGUAUUUACUUGUAAUUUUAUAUAUCUGAUAAUUAAAAAAUAUAUAUUACUGAUUAUAAGAAAUUCUGUGUAUAUUAUUGCCAUAAGUAAAGCGCUGUAUAUUUUGUGUUAAGAAAUUCAAAAAUAUAUUACUGAAAAUUUGAAAUGAA